GUAUGAUAAUAUUAUGCUUCUGUUCGAAAAUUAAAAGUAAUUAUCUAAUAAGAAUUAACCGGAUUAAACCGGAUUAAACCAAAGUUCUUGAUUUUUUACGGCAACUGGAUUGUUAAAGAUAGUUUUUCUGAUUAUUAAUUGAAUGUUAAUUGCGUUCGGAGUUUCCAAAUUGUAUCACGAAAUUCAAUUUGAUUGAAUCUUUCUCGAUCGAUAAGUUAAUUGAGCCGAAUAAAAAAAAUGAGGGGAGCUAAUCAGGAUACGGCGACACCGUAUUGUCGCUGUAGAGUACUCUAUUUGGGUAGUUCAGUACCUCAUGCGAGCAAGGAGGGACUCCUGGGCGUUCAGGAGCCUCUGAGAGAACUUUAUCCCGAGCAGGGUGCAUUGGGUGCGCGCGGAAUUGACUCCUGGCUAAGCGUUUGGAGCAAUGGCUUACUCUUGGAGAAUGUUGACGAACAUCGCAAAAAAAUUACGCGAUUCUUCCCUAUCGAAGCGCUUCACUAUUGUGCGGCGGUUAGACAUGUCAAAGGUGGAAACGGAGAUACAUCGAAUACACGUUUCCUGCCGUUGGAUUCGCCGUUCGCGCGGACGCCGAGCGCGAAUCAUCCACCCCUGUUCGCCGCCGUCCUGCGAAGAACGACCGGCAUUAAAGUACUCGAAUGUCAUGCGUUCAUCUGCAAACGGGAUAUGGCGGCCAACGCCCUGGUAAGGUGUUGCUUCCACGCUUAUGCCGAUAGCAGCUACGCGAAAGGCCUGGAGCCAUCAUCGGCGACGACGAACGGGGUCGCGACUGGUCAUCAAUCGAACAACAGUCUCUAUCACACUUUAGGCGGCUCGAGCACCACUCUGGAUAGUCCUCAACCGACCCGCUUAGACACGGCUUCGACCGACGACUUCAGUCUGUACAAUGGCGAUGAAAAUCAUAAAGUGUGGGCCAGGGGUCGCGACGAAGUCGAUGGUCUUUAUCAGGAACAGGGCACCCUGCGAAGCACGAAGGGAUCCAGACCGCGCCAGUUGGUUGCCCCACCGCCGCCACCACCACCUCCGCCCCCACCCGCUCAACCGUUGUUGCUGGAGGAAACCUCUUCCGCGCGAAGAAAAGCUAAUAAGAAGUUGAAAAAAAUGAAGACUCGUUCGUUGCACGAGGACGCAUUGCAACAGCAACAGCAGCAACAACAACAGCAGCUCCUCCAUCAUCAACUGCAUCAAGGCGUGUAUGCCAAUGGCCACGGACAUCACACCCUGGGUCAUCCUAUCAGACAGCAACAUUAUCAUCAUCAUCCACUACCACCCAGCAGUCGAUCCGUCGCCGGUACUUUGGCUAGACCGGCGCCGAUGUAUUUGGUACCAGCAGCCACCUUACCGCGGAAGAGUCAUCAUCAUCCACGUUUAAGACCCAUCCCGGCGGCAGCACCAAUAGUCCCGGUCUAUGCUCCUUUACCGGUGGUACCGCCGACCGCCGCACCCAUUUAUCCACCGGCCACGUACGGUACCGCAGGGAACAGAGGCAGACGACACCCGGAGGCGGAUAACUCCACCUUGGGCACAUCUAGAAGCAUUCGGGCGGAACAUCGUAGCAGAAGCCAUGGCAGUCUAGCCUCCUUGGGCUUCAGCGCGCAGAACGGCAAUGCGCUACCAAAGGAGGAGAAGAAGGAUCGCGAGAUCGCCCAGCUGGUUGCCGGAUUGAAUCUCAACGACGGAUCAGAACGGACGCAGCCUCCAAAUUCGAGAGGAGGAUAUCAUCAUCACCAACAGCAACAGAUUCAACCGUUGCCCAGGCCGAGACCCCGUUAGAAUCGCUUCUUUGAGACUAGUCUCUUGCAGUGUCAUGCUGUCUGAAGCUUUUUUUAGGUGGUUCAGAGCGAUUUCUGAAUAUUUUUUAUAAUAGAAGAAAAUACUUUAAAGAGUGCGAAGCAUUUUUAUAGUUAAAUUGAUAUAUUCACCUUUUUUAUCAGAGACAUCAUGGUUAUAAAUUCAAUUACUAAUGAUAUGCUAAUAUUAUUUACUAUAUUAAAACAGACACAUAUAUGAUAACAGGCAAAUAUGGCGUCUUUGAACGUCAAUCCAGCUGCCAAUAAUGAAAACGUUAUAUAAUGAAUAAUUAAUAACUAUCAUCCGAUCGAUAAAACUUCUUGCAAUCCUCUCUUCUUUUAUCAAUGAUGUUACGGCUAGACAAUUGUUCAAAAUGAAUUUUGCUUUUUCCGGUCGAUCGCGUUGAUGCAACAGCGACUUUGUCUGGGUUAACAAACAUCUUCUUGCAGCUUGCUUCCCCAAGCGUAACAUCGGCGCUACAGUUACGAGCGAUUUCACGUUCCGUUGUCAUGUCACGUGGAAACAGACUGCAUUGCAAAACGUUGCAAUUCCGACUCUCCGUAGCAAGUUUUACUUAACGGUAAUACAUAGCAGCAGAUGUAUCUUAAAUUACUUUUCUUAAUUAAUUCAAUAACAUUAUAAUUCAUA